UGAGCGUGCGCGCUCCCGCGAGGUGGAUGCAUAUUCCGGCAGGCAUGCAAAACUCGGCACAACACCGGAAGCAGCAGGCAACCAUCUGUCUUUCUCUGACGAAGUCAGGCCGCCCCUUACCACGGUUUGGGGCUGAAAAUAGUGACAGUUAACACCGCCACGACCGUGGAGAAGUGCCGAAGUAAACGGUUUGUCUUGCAUCAGCAUCGUUUUCAUUGGCGCCAAUUUAAUUCGGUAUCGAGUCGGCGUUCCAACACCCUGACGGAAAACACUGGAGUUGCCAUGUAACUCAGACGCCGCACAAGCAAUGCUACAAGAUGAAAAGCCGCUUGUCGCUUAACAGCCCGUGGGAUCCCUCUGCAUCCAUCCCAACAUGAGCUCCAAAUGGGAGCGUCAUCUGAUGCCAUAGGUUCUCCAGUGGACAGUUUCACCUAUUGCACGCACAAGACGGCAUUUUCUGGAGCUUCAACCUUUUGCGUCCAUCAGCAGUCUGUCGGCCCCCGGGGAAGGACUCAUGUAAUCGUGUUGGCAGACCAUCAACAACAUGGUGUCGGCGUUCUUCACAGUUUUACAACUUGUUACAAGAGAUUACUGCCUGCAAGCCAAGUAAAGCUCUAAGAACAUACAUGGCCACGGAGUAUUUCUUUGGUUGUUUGCUAUCUGUCUAGCCUUGGUAGACGUCACACCAUCGUGAGGACAGAAUAGUAAAAGGACUGUUACACAGCGGGCUAAAACACCAUCUGCUGUUACUAAAGCACGUGUCCAGACGAUACAAGAUGGAGCAGCAAAACGAGUCGGACCAGCCGCAAAAGCUCUACGACACCAGGUCAGUCGCCUCAAAAACAAAGACUUCAAGGUCCAGCAGGUCCUCAACCAGCUCCGCAGCCACCAAAGCAAGGGCUAGUGCCGAAGCAGCCCUGGUGGAGGCGAAAUAUGCAGCCCGAGAAGCAGAAAUGAUGAAAGCAAAGGCUAAAAUAGAGGCUGAAGCAGCACAACGCAAAGCAGAACUGGAGGCCAGUCUGUAUGUGCUAAAGAUCGAGAGAAGUGCCACGGCAGCCGCAGCUGAAGCAGCAGUCUAUGAAGGCGCAGCAGCAGUGGAAGGCAGCUCUCUCGAAGACCUGGCACAGAUCCCUCCAGAGGACACCGCUCAACACACCAGCGAGUAUGUGAAGGCUCACUAUGUGACACCCGACGCUCAGCAGCCAGCUCCGGUCCCACAGCAGCCACUCACCACAUCCACGCCAGCACCACGAGCAUCAUUACCAGCACCACCAUCUUCAGUCCAGUGGUAUCCGCUCCCCGGCACCGUCACAAACCAGCCUACGACCUUUGUUAAUGCGCCUUGUCAUUCCAGCCGCUCUCUGUCGCUAUCCAAUCGACUCGACAACCGGCUGCGGGAGCGCAGCACACAGCAGAGGGCGGAGCCUCUCCGACCCACACGUCGGCUCCAAAUCCCUCCUCCUGGGGCUCUUCCGGCACCACUCCUCCCUCCCUGCUCCAGCAGUGGCUGUGCCUGUACUGUGGGAGUCCUACACACAAUUUCCCGCUGUCCAGUUCGCCCAGCACGCCAACGCUCUUCCUCCACCAGGGAUAUUCCCCAGCUGCUGGCACUGCCCGCUCCAACCACACCGGCUGCGUCAUCCGCUUUGGUGGGCCGACUUCAGGUGGAAGGUACGAUAUCCUGGGCGGGGGAAGCUUCUCCUACCACAGCAUUAAUUGACUCUGGGGCGGACGAGAACUUCAUUGAUAGCGGACUCGUCAGUUCUCUCAACAUUCCUACUGUUGAGCUUGUCCCCCACAAGAAUGUCCGCUCGCUAGAUGAACAUCACCUGGCAUGCAUUACGCAUCAGACGCGCAACAUAUCCUUGGUGCUGUCGGGUAACCACCACAAGGUCACAAAUUUUUUUCUUAUGCCCUCUCGCUCAGCUCUGUUAGUACUCGGCCUCCCCUGGCAUCCCGUGUGUGUGUUGUGAUUGUGAUGUUUUGUCACUCAGCGCCACUUUGCAGUUUGUUGACAUUUGCUGCCAGCCAAUCAGGAUGCGACACAGACGUCAGACAAGUAAAGAGACUCGCCUGCCACGCGGGCAUGAUUACCAUUACCAUUACCAUCGAUCAGGGAUGGCAACUGAAUUAAGAAUCAAUGCCAGAAACCUGCAACAGGAUUUCAGAUAAUGUUUUGAUGCAGACUGGUCAUGAUGCCUCUGAAGUUCACCAAAGCAGACCUGACUUAAGGUGACUACACUUCCAAAGUUCCCAGUGAUGACUGAACCUCUCGCUUCUUGUCUUCCCAGAGAAACUCGGUCAGCUGUGGAUUUGAUCAAAAAGGCCAGGUUAAGCAGAAAAAGGCCUGCUCGCCGGAGACCGGGGUUCGAUUCCCCGACGGGGAGUUCUUCUUUUGUAUGUCACAAUGUCAACAAACAAACCCUUCUCAUUAGAACAAAACCUCUCUUAAUCUUCUUCUCAAGGUGUUCAGGUGUCUUGUACAAUCUGACAGUCUUUUGCUGCCAAAUCAUUCCAGUCGUGGAUAAUGGAGCUGACCAGGAAAAUGCCAGCUGUGGGAUUUCAACCAGUGCCUCCUGAGCGUAAGGAACCUUAAUCUGGCGCUUUGGAUCACUCAUCCACCCAACCUAAAACGGUGCCCUGAUCAGGAAAAAAACUGUGACCUUGUGAGGUUCACUGACAACAGAGGACACUCAAAAGGAGCCGCACAAAGCUGGGUACUUGUACAGAUGUCAGCAGCAGAGUGGCGCAGCGGUAGCGUGCUGGGCCCAUAACCCAGAGGUCGAUGGAUCGAAACCAUCCUCUGCUAUGGCUGUACUCUUUACGUGUCCUUUGAAGAGCUUGCAGAUGUAUGGUCUUUGUUACUUAGCUGACCUGGUCCAGUAAAGAGUUCACGCUUCCUUUACUGCUGUUCUCGAUGCAUUUAUUGCUCUUGAGUGCAUUCACACGCCAUUGCGGGACAUUGAAGCAUCGUGAAACACCGUAACUGUCCUCACUAGUCCAUUGUCACUCUUAUGGACUUGAAAAAUCCCAGCCAGUUUACAUUCGUUUCGGGGAACCUCCUCCUCUUUGACGAUCACCACAUCUCCAACUUGCAUGUUUCUUCUUGGCGUAUGCCAUCUUUGUCUCAGAGCAGUGUUGGUCAGAUACUCCUUCCACCAUUUGUUCCAGAACUAUUCCGACAAAUAUUGCAAUUAUCUCCAUCUCAUUUUAGUAUACAAGUCCAUCCAUCCAUCCAUCCAUCCAUCCAUUUUCCUCCGCUUAUCCAGGUCCAGGUCGCGGGGGGCAGCAGUCUUAGUAGGGAAGCCCAGAUUUCCCGGUCCCCGGCCACCUCCUCCAUCUCCACCGGGAGGACACCAAGGUGUUCCCAGGCCAGCUGUGAGACAUAAUCCCUCCAGCGUGUCCUAGGUCUGCCCCGGCCCUUUUCCCGGCUGGGUAUGCCCGGAACACCUCACCAGGGAGGCGUCCGGGAGGCAUCCGGACUAGAUGCCCGAGCCACCUCAACUGACUCCUCUCGAUGUGAAGGAGAAGCGGCUCUACUCUGAGCCCUCCCGGAUGACCCUAUCUCUUAGGGUGAGUCCAGCUACCCUACGGAGGAAACUCAUUUCAGCCGCCUGUAUCCGAGAUGUCAUUCUUUCGGUCAUGACCCAAAGCUCAUGACCAUAGGUGAGGGUGGGAACAUACGUAGAUCGACCGGUAAAUUGAAAGCUUUUUUAACCACGACGGUCCGUUACAGCGACCGCAUUACUGCCGAGGCUGCGCCGAUCCGUCUGUCGACCUCACGCUCCCACUUUCCCUCACUCGUGACCAUACCUAAGAUACCUAAACUCCUCCACCUGGGGUAGGACCUCAUUCCCAACCCGGAGGGAGCACUCCACCCUUUUACGACUGAGAACCACGGCCUCUGAUUUGGAGGUACUGAGUCUCAUCCCAGACACUUCGCACUCAGAUGCAAACCGUCCCAGUAAGCGCUGAAGGUCACAGCCCGUAGAGGCCAUAAGAACCACAUCAUCUGCAAAUAGCAGAGAUGAGAUUCUAAGGCCCCUGAAACAGAUUCCCUCAACACCUUGGCUGCGCCUAGAAAUUCUGGGAUGUCCAUAAGUGCACUUGGCACCAGGACACCCUUGGCUGCAGGUCUAUGAUCGACUUUGCAGUCGUGUCAUCAGACCUGCGUCCGCAUGUUCUGGACAGGCGGGUGAAGAGAGGGGCUGAGCUGUCAACUGAUCACCACCUGGUGAUGAGUUGGAUUAGAUGGCGGGGGAGGAUGCUGGACAGACCUGGUAGACCCAAACGAGUAGUGAGGGUGUGCUGGCAACGUCUGGCAGAGUCUCCCGUUCGUCGAGUCUUCAACGCUCACCUCUGGCAGAGCUUCGCCUGCAUCCCGGGGGAGGACAUGGGCCAUAUUCCGUGCCUCCAUUG